AUGGUCAAGGAAGGGAAACCCCAGUUAACUCAGGAGCUUGGAUCACAGAGUAGCAGCACCUACAGCCAAUACACUUCACCAUUUUCGUCUCCCGCAUCUACUGGAUGGGACGACGGGGACGACCUACUUAUUGGGGCUCCGAUACGUAUGAAGCAGAACCGCCAAGAGUAUUUCCCCAGCAAUUGUGAUCCGGUAGUCCCGUCGAGUCAGAAACUGCAACCACCUACGUCAUCGCCUUUUUCUCGGUUCAUUGUCCACCAACGGAAGAGACGACAAGACGGCCGCACUGGACGUCCUCACUUGUCAAUUCUACUCGAGCCCAGCAUUCGACUACUUGUCGUACGUACCACCGUCCCUCCUGCCAAGAUGAAGACUGCCUUCGUGUCCGCCGCUGUUCUCAUCGCUGCUGCCGCCUACUCGAGCGCUGCCGACUGUGACAUGGCCAAGAUUGAGGGUUUACUCUACCCGAACGCCACUCAGGGUCUUGCGGACUGCGAGAACGCCACAGGCAUCGACAUCUUCGCAGUAGGCCAGUUUCCCACCACGGAGCAGGUCACGCAGCUCUCACGGAACGUCGACUGCGCCGACUACCUAAACCAGAUCAAUCAGGUGGCCAAUGCUGAGAUCCAGUGCAACGUAACGAUUGAGGGUGUCCCCGUAAACUUUGGCAAACUCAUCGCCGACUUCCUUACGGGCAAGACCGGCAACGAAUCCGACUCUGGCAGUGGCUCCAUCGAGAUCCCGAGCGAGAGCGCAUCCGGGUCGGUGGGUUCAGGCUCGGCCAACCUCGACAGCUCGGCCACCAACUCUGGAUCGACUGCGGCAUCCGACUCAUCAGGCAGCAGCGGAGCGUCGAGUGCUCAGGCGUUCUCAUUCAUCGCCUAUGGCAUCGCCGCUGUGGCUGCAAUGGCACUACAGUAAGCCGAGAAUCGACGUGAUAGUGUUCACGUAGUGUGUCUGGGGAAGCUGUUACUUGCAGUCGGGUUUACUUUUGCAAUGAAAAUGCCAUACAUGUACGUGAUUCACCGAGGCUCUGCCUACAGAAUUGUCGGCAUUUUUAUCUGGUAGGAUUUAAGUGUAGCAUGCUUCUUACAGCAGCAAACAAAGAUUUAAAGUUGACAGCGACAGCCACUACGUCAUGUAGUCUACAUGAACUGCAAUCAGA